CAUAUGACCUCAUUCUUAGUAUUUUUUCCCAAUGAUUUAACCAUCUCACCUUCCAUUGCCAAGCUAAUUCUCUUAUUUCAAGUAAAAUAAAGAAAAAUAAUUUGAUAACAUUGACAUAUCGAUUAUUUUUCCUGCAGUUGAACUUUUCUCUUUUCCUUCUCAUCUGUGAAAUAUACUGCCGCUGGUGUCGAAUGAAGUGCAAGUCUGCCUGUUCCUUCCAUUCUGCUCUCCUGGUUUCAUUGCAGACGGAUGGGGAGACAGCUGUUAAUGGUGCUGCUCGCUCUUGUUACUAUUUUCUCAUCCUCUACCUUUGUUCUGUUUGCUUCAGGACAGCUGCUUCAUCCUUUGGAAGUUACUGCUCUGAAUGCUAUCCGUGGGAGCCUCAAUGAUCCGCAAAACUAUCUCCAGAAUUGGCAGGGGAACAAUCCUUGUGCCUUGAACUGGACUGGUGUUAUUUGCGAUUCAUCCUCUGAUGAUGGCUAUCUCCGCGUCCGAGAAUUGCGUUUGAUGAACAUGAGCCUCACUGGAACUUUGGCUCCACAGCUUGGCGAGCUGAACUACACCAUUUACUUGAACUUUAUGUGGAACAGCAUAACUGGCAGCAUACCAAAGGAGAUUGGCAAAAUGAACUAUUUGCAGAUUCUGAUGUUGAGUGGAAACCGGAUCUCAGGUCCUUUACCGGAUGAGCUUGGCUUUCUCCCUAACUUAACCAAAUUCCAGCUGGACCUGAACCAGAUAUCAGGGCCGAUACCAAAAACAUUUGGCAAUUUGGAGAAAGUACAACACUUUCAUAUGAACAACAACUCAUUCAGCGGCCAGCUUCCAAUGGAGCUUUAUAAUUUAUCUGCACUGGUGCACUUGCUGUUGGAUAAUAACAAUUUAUCAGGCUACCUUCCACCAGAAUAUUCUCGGAUGCCAAAGCUGAAGAUAAUGCAACUGAACAAUAAUAACUUCAACGGGACACAGAUUCCAGAUUCAUACGCAAAUAUUUCCACCUUGUUGAAAUUGACUCUGAGGAACUGCAAGUUGCAAGGUCCUGUUCCAGAUCUAAGCACUAUACCUGGUCUUUAUUACUUGGACCUGAGGUCCAACAACUUGACUGGAAGCGUACCAACUAAUAAGCUUGCCAAUACCAUCACUACCAUUGACUUGUCCAACAAUUAUCUCAGUGGACCUAUACCCUCAAGCUUUUCAGGCCUUCCACGCCUUCAAAGAUUGUCACUAGAGAACAAUAACUUGAAUGGCAGUGUUCCCUCCACCAUCUGGCAGAGCGUGAAUUUUAGUGCAGAGGCAACACUCACUUUGGACUUCCAGAACAAUUCCCUGUCAGAUAUUUCAUCCCUCCUAGCUCCACCUGUCAACGUUAGCGUCAGGCUCCAGGGCAAUCCUGUUUGCACAAGUACAGACGCACUGACAAACUUGAUCCAGUUCUGUGGAACGCCCACAACAGAUGCUGAGUCUCCCAAAAUCUCAAAUGGUUCAGUUGAAGGGGGCUGCAAGCCUCAAUCUUGCCCAGGCAGUGGCGGGUAUGAAUAUUUCCCAGCAGCAACCCUCCCUUGCUUUUGUGCAGCUCCUUUCGGAGUUGGGUUGCGGCUGAGGAGCCCCAGCAUUUCAGAUUUUCGCCCUUACCGAGACUACUUCAACAAUUACAUGACUGGCAACCUCAGCAUUGAAUCAUACCAAUUACUAGUGGACUCUUUCCAGUGGGAAGAAGGUCCCAGGCUCAGAUUGCAACUCAAACUCUUCCCGCCACAAAAUGAAACUGAUUUCAAUUUAAGCGAGACUCAGAGAAUUCAGAACAUGUUUUUCAACUUCAAAAUCACUGGUGACAACAUUUUUGGUCCCUACGAUCUGCUCAACUUCACACUCCGUGGAAAUGCGGUUAUAUUUAAUCCUUCUGGAAAGGGAGGAGGGAACAAUGCUUCAAAAGUGGGGAUCAUAUUAGGAGCAGUCUCUUGUGCAAUUGCAUUAGCAGUGGGCAUUGUGGUUGUUUGGCACUUGAAGAGGCGGAGUAAGCAGCAGCAAGUUUCAGGUGGAAGAAAGCCAACUCCAAAGAUAGGAUUGAAGAUAGAAGGAGUGAAGGAGUUUGGAUUUGAGGAGCUAGAGAAGGCAACUAGUGGGUUCAAUGGGAGCACUCAAAUUGGGCAGGGCGGGUACGGCAAGGUUUACAAAGGGGUUUUAGGAGACGGAACGACUGUGGUGGCGAUAAAGCGUGCGAGGCAAGGUUCCCUGACGAGUGAGAAAGAGUUCUUUACUGAGAUUGAGCUCCUCUCUAGGCUCCACCAUCGCAAUUUGGUCUCCUUGCUUGGCUACUGUGACGAAAAAGGGGAGCAGAUGCUGGUGUACGAGUACAUGCCAAAUGGUUCAAUUCACGACCUUCUUUGCGGGAGGCAUGAGAAAGCAGCAAGCUUAGGGACGAGGCUGACCAUAGCGUUGGGUGCAGCCAAGGGGAUUCUGUACCUUCAUGCGGAAGCAGACCCGCCGAUCAUCCACAGAGACAUCAAGGCCAAUAACAUUCUGCUCGACUCCAAGCUCACGCCUAAAGUCUCGGAUUUUGGCAUCUCUAGGCUCGUCCCCAAAACAACGGACGACGAGACUGAUGAUGGAUAUGGAUCAUACGGGGAGUCAAGCUCAGCUCCCAUUUCCACUGCUGUCAAAGGAACUCCUGGAUACGUGGAUCCAGAGUACUUCAGGAGCCACAAGCUAACGGAGAAGAGCGACGUAUACAGCAUGGGGAUAGUGCUGUUGGAGCUGGUUUCUGGGAUGCAGCCCAUUUCUCAUGGUAAGAACAUAGUGAGGGAGGUUUCGUUGGCGUGGGAGACUGGGAUGAUGGAGUCGAUAGUGGACCGGCGACUGGGCCCAUCUUACCCGAGAGGGUGCGCCUACAGGUUUAUGGGCCUGGGCCUAAGGUGCUCCCACGACGACCCUAAGGCCCGGCCUACCAUGUCCGAGGUGGUCAGGGAGCUGGAGGAUCUCUGCUCGUCGAUGACAUCAUCUGACGGUCAGCUGGAGGAGGGCGAUGUCGCCGGAGGGAAAUGGAGCUAUGGGUCGGCGCCUGCCAUGCGAUCGGGCAACUAUAGAGGCGGGGACAGUGGCGGUGGUGGCACGUUAACGUUUGUUUCCUCUGCUUCAGCUGGCGGUGGCUUCCCUGACCGUGGGAGUGAUCUUGUUAGUGGGGUCAUUCCCACCAUUCGACCUCGUUAGUCUCUGCUUUUCCUUCGCUUCCUUUGAUCUUUCGUUUUACUCUGAAGUUGGUCGAAUAGUCACUUUGAUCGUGCUUACGUGCUUGUUUGGAUUUGAUGGUAUUGAUUACACUUGUUAAUAAAUAACAACAAAAUAGUGAGUGCUGUUGUGAUUUAAUCGAGACGAGUAAGGACAAGGAAUAUACGUUUGUGGCGGGCGACUGACGAGGGGCGGGCGGCCAGCAGAAUUCACAAGUUUGCGUUUAGGGGAGGCUCUGUUUUGCUCCUCCGGUACCGGUAGGCAGGGGAUAUCCGGUUCUACUAGUUCUAGAUAAAAUUUCUCCACAACCAAACAAAAAGACGAGUAGUAAUGAAGAAGAUGUCUUCAA